AUGACCGGAGCUAGUUGGCUAGGUCUGUUGUACCAGAGACGUGGUACAUGUAGCAAAGAGGUGACCAUGACACUCAGAGGCUUGCGCCUCGAAUUAGUCACCCAGACGCAGAUUGAUAUCCAGCUCUCUCCGGCUCUUACAAAUCUGCCCGGCUCGGUCACCGCCGUUUCCGGCGAUUCCGCUAUUGCCAGCACUAACGGUUACCUGGGGGGGGCUAGUAAUAUUGGUUCGCCACCUUGGGUUAGUCUGUCUUCCGGCAUGUCGGCCUGCCUGCCGUCCAGCGUGAUGGGAGUGGCCUCUGCUCCCAAUGAACUGGCUUCCGUAUCAACCAGCAAUUCACCUCUAUCUGGAUUCGGGCAAAUACAGCACCAACAGUUACAGCAGCAGCUUCAAGUACAGCAUGCCAACCCACCGGUGACUCCAGAAAUUCAGGUCUACAAAAAACGCUAUGGCUCUGAGAUCCUAUGUGCCGCUAUGUGGGGAGUAAACCUUCUUUUAGGACUAGACACUGGUUUAUCUCUUCUUGAUCGAAGUGGCGAAGGAAAAGGUAUUUUGCUCUUCUUUAUGGCCUGA